AUGAGCUCCCUCUCACGCAAAUUCAACAUGGAUACCCAGCAACAGAACUUCUGGAAAGAGACCAUCAACAAGGAGAAGCUGCUAAGCCUGUGCUGGCUCCGCCGCUACCAGCCGGACCCCUGCAGACCCCCGCCCCGCAAGAGGGAGCGCAGGAAACUCUUCAGGCUGCCCAAGAUCGAGAACACGUCCGUGACAGUUUCCAUCCCCAACGACAUGCGUCCUGUCACCCCCCAAACACGUGCCCUGCUGUACGAUGGCUUCUCCAAAGAGGAGAAAGGCCGAUACCAGUACCUGAAGGCCCGGGUUAGCAAAGGCCCCGACGAGAAGUACGAAUACCCCUUCACCACAUCCUGGGACUACGGCUGGCGGCUCGGUGACAUGGUGAAGUACCAGACCCCGGCUCAUGGCCGCUCAGCAAUCAUCCAAGGAACAUUUUACCGCAAAAACGGCAUCUUCGCCUCUCAGGAAGCCACCGACGUGGUGGACUGA